CACCACUCCACACUCCAACAUGCCCACCGAAUCGCAAAGUGCAUCACUAGCAAGCACCCUCGUGGCCCGCUUCUUACGGGCACACAAUUACACGCAAACCCUUGACACCUUUCUUCAAGAAGCGGGACUGCCAGCUGACGCGGGGCAACCCGGCAAGGACAAUGCGCCCAACUGGACGAUCGAAAGCGUGCUCGAGGAGAAGAAAGCCUUUGAUCAGAGCGUGAACUUUGAGCGAUACGGCGACAAUGACAAGGACAAAGAUGUCUGGAGUGUCCCAGCACCAACCAAGCCCAACAUCAUUCAAACGCCAACCGCCACAAACCUGCUGGCAUGCUCUGUAGAGCAAUGGCAACCGUCCGAUGAAUCCCCAUCGCCAUACCUGGUCGCCACAGGCGCAGACAAGCACCUUCACCUCUUCAAGACAUCAAAUGGCAAUGACCUCGUCCAGUCGUUCACCAACACAUCGGAGUCUCCGAUCCUAUCCUAUGUCCCAAUCCAGGGCGGGAAAUACAUCCUCAUGACCAACAUGUCCGGACAACUACUUCUCCAGCGCGGCGCGCAAAUCCUAGACCGCCGCAAAGACCAUGCCAAAUACGCCGUCAAAGUGAUCGCCUACGAGUCUGCCAAUGGCAAUGAAUCCACCAUCUGGAUCGCAACCGCGGGCUGGGACUCCAAGAUCUUCCUCUACCGAAUGCGCACCACAGACACCGACGAGCCACAAAUCGGCAACCCAGUCGCCUCAAUCCCCUUAGUCUCGAACCCCGAAUCCAUCCUCUUCAUCCGCCACCUUGACACCAAGGAACUAAUCCUCCUCGCCUCCCGCCGCGACUCCACAUAUCUCUACUACUACCGCGUCGAACCCGAACAACAACAACAGCACCAAACCACACCCUACGAAUGUCCCCUCCUGGGCAAACAAAACCUCGCCCCCCACUCCAACGCCUGGGUCGCAUUCUCCCCCUCCUGUCUGGCCCUCAGCCCGCACGACCCCGGUCUCAUCGCCAUCGCGACCUCAACCCUCCCGCACAUGAAAGUCAUGAUCGUGCGAUUACUCUUCCCCUCCGCGGAAAGUCUCGAAGAGCCCCCCGAACCCGAAACGCAAGCCGCACAGGCCUUCGCUGCCCUGUCGUUGCAGAAUCGCGAGGACGCGGCCAUCAUGAUCCAGGCGAAUACGUUCGCGCCGCAGACGGCGUACUCGACGCCACAGGUCGUGUGGCGGCCGGAUGGGUCGGGGCUGUGGGUGAAUGGGGAUGAUGGGGUGAUUCGAGGGGUGGAGACUAAGACGGGGAAGGUUGUCACGUUGUUGAAGGAUGGGCAUGAGGUUGGGUGUAAGAUUCGGACGAUUUGGGCGGGGUGGGUGGAGAGAUGUGGGAAGGGUGGUGAGGAUGGGGGAAGGGAGGAGUGGUUGUAUAUUAUCAACAGCCAAAAGCAUCGAUAA